AUGGACUCAAAGACCGAGCAGACGAACCCAUUUUACGCUUCGGCACAAUCAGGAAAAACCUAUGCUUCCGUUGUCGCCGCCGCCGCUGCUGCAUCCGCCGCUAACGAAGGUGGGGCUGUGAGUAGUGCGAAGGAGUUGGAUUCCUCAUCCGAGGCUGUGUCUGGUGGAGCCGAUAAUUUAUCUGACGCGGAGAAGGAGAAGGAGAAGGAGGAGAAGUCGAGUUUGGAGGUUGGAGGCGAUGGGGAGAUUUCCGGCGAGGAGGAUUCUGCUACCCCUAAGGCUUCUUCAUCGUUACCUCCGAAGCCGGAGGUUGUUUCUGAUGAAAAAACAAUUGAAGAAGAUGAUGUAGGUGUUGUAGAGGAGACGAAGAAGGUUGUGGAGGUUAAUGAGGGUGUGGAAGAUGUUGCAAAUGAUGGUGAGAAGAAGCUUGAAAAUGGGAGUGUUGAUGUUGGAGAGAAACAGGCUUCCACGGAUGAGAAUCCGAAAACGGAGAGUGAAGUGAAGGGUGUGGAAGGAGAAGAUGUUGGAUCCAAAAUCGAUGCUGAGGUAAAGGAGGUAGAUGGAACCAACGAGGAGAAGAGUGAGGAGAGUGGUAAAGUUGAUGUUGACGAAAAAAGUGAUCAUGUUAUCGAAGAAGACUUGAUAGUGGACUCAUCCGCUAUAGAAUCUGUGCAUAUUGAUGUGGCGAAACCAGGGGUGGCUGUUGUGGGAGAGGUAGAGGGAAGUGAGGGGAUUAAGCUUGACGCUGAUGGUGAAACUCUUGAAGUGGCUAAUAAGUUUGAUCAAAUUGGCCAUGAUGAUGGUAGUGGUGGAUUUGAAGUUGAGUCUGAUAAGGCCAUUGAGGAGGUAGGAGAAAAAUCGACUAGCGGAGCAGACUCUGUCUCAGACUCCUCUAAGCUAGAGUCUGCUGAUACCAGUGCUGCAGAGCCAGAGGUUGUAGCUGUCGAGGGUGGGGAUGUACCAAAGGAGGUGGAAGAUACUAAUGGAUCAGAGAAGGGUAUGACUUAUGCUGAGGUGAUAAAGGCCGCUAGUGCAGUAGCUGACAAUGGAACCACAGAGGGGGAGACUGUGUCCAGUGGCGUAGUCGAUGAUGAAGACGAGGGUGUGAAGUUAACCAACAAAGGAGACGUGGUGGUGGACUCAUCUCCUCUGGAAUCUGUGCAUGUAGAUGUGGCAAAGCCAGGGGUUGUUGUUGUUGGAGAUGUAGAGGGGAGUGAGCUGGUGGAAACUGAUGGCAAGAUCGCUGAUUUGCAUAAUAAGUUUGAUCCAGUUGGCCAAGUUGAAGGUGAUGGAGCUGAACUUCAAUCUGAUAAGGCCACCGAGGAGGGAGGAGAGAACUUGACUAGCGAAGGAGACUCUAUUGUUGACUCCUCUGUGGUGGACUCUGUUGAUAUUAAUGUUGCAGAGCCAGGGGUUGUGGUUGUUGGUGUGGUGAAGGAGGCUGAAAUCAAGGACGAUGUAAUUGAUGAGGUUGACAAGACCAUCCCAAGUGUUGAGGAAGCUGAUGACCUGACUGCUGCAUAUGAUGGAAAUUUUGAAUUGGUUGCUGCUAAGGAAACAUCAGAAGUAGCCAAAGCAGAGCUUGACGGACCAAAAAUAGAUGCGGAAGAAGAAGAAGCAUUGCCUGUUUCUGAAAGUUUUGAUGAGGGUUCAGUUGAUGCCAAAGAGGAUUCAAAGCCAGCAGCUGAGUCACAGGUUGAAGCAAACCCUAACCCAGAGGUCCCGGAAGUUGCUGAGCGGGACAAUGCUGAAGAAGGUGGAGACAAGAUACCAGUUGCAGACAAUGUUUCUUCUCGUGAAUUUAGCCUUGAAGGCAAGGAAGUGGACGAGGAACUUUCUGGAGAAGGUGUUAUCAGGGAUGAUGGGACUGAAAGUGAAGAAGAAACUGAAGAGAUGAUAUUUGGGAGUUCUGAAGCUGCAAAACAGUUCUUAGCAGAGCUUGAAAAGGCUUCUUCUGGUAUUGAGGCCCAUUCUGAUGAAGCCAAUAUUUCUAACAAUAUGUCAGAUAGGAUUGAUGGCCAAAUUGCUACUGAUUCUGACGAGGAUGUAGACACAGAGGAUGAAGGUGAGGAGAAAAUGUUUGAUUCUGCAGCUUUGGCUGCACUUUUGAAGGCAGCCACUGGUGGUGGAAGUUCAGAAGGCGGCAAUUUUACCAUAACAUCUCAGGAUGGUACCAAGCUUUUCUCUAUGGAUCGCCCUGCUGGUUUGAGUUCAUCUUUAAGACCUUUGAAACCUGCGGCAGCUCCACGUGCGAACCGUUCCAACAUCUUCUCCAGUCCUAGUGUCACAACUGGUGAAGAGAGUGAGGUUAUUUUGAGCGACGAAGAGAAACAGAAGUUGGAAAAGUUGCAGAGCCUCCGUGUGAAGUUCUUGCGACUUUUGCAAAGGUUGGGGCAGUCGGCAGAAGAUUCAAUUGCAGCACAGGUUCUUUACCGUAUUGCUCUGCUUGCUGGGAGACAAACAGGGCAGUUAUUCAGUCUUGAUGCCGCAAGGAGGAAGGCUGUGGAGUCUGAGGCUGAGGGAAACGAAGAUUUGAACUUCUCUCUAAACAUACUGGUCCUUGGAAAAGCUGGGGUGGGAAAAAGUGCUACAAUCAACUCUAUUUUGGGGAAUCAGAGGGCGUCAAUCGAUGCUUUUGGGCUCUCAACCACUUCGGUAAGAGAAAUUUCUGAAACAGUGGAUGGUGUCAAGAUUACCUUUAUUGAUACUCCCGGUUUGAAGUCUGCGGCGAUGGAUCAAAGUGCGAAUGCUAAAAUGUUGUCUUCGGUCAAGAAGGUGAUGAAGAAGUGUCCCCCUGAUAUUGUUCUCUAUGUGGAUCGGCUUGAUGCUCAGACCAGGGACCUGAACAAUUUGCCCUUGCUAAGGACGAUUACUGCUUCCCUUGGUACAUCCAUAUGGAAAAACGCCAUAGUGACAUUGACCCAUGCUGCUUCUGCCCCUCCUGAUGGCCCAUCUGGCUCUCCUUUGAGCUAUGAUGUGUUUGUGUCGCAGUGCUCACAUAUUGUUCAACAGUCUAUUGGACAGGCCGUUGGUGAUCUACGUUUGAUGAACCCAAGUAUGAUGAAUCCUGUUGCUCUUGUUGAGAAUCAUCCCUUGUGUAGGAAGAACCGGGAGGGAGUGAAGGUUCUCCCAAACGGCCAAACUUGGAGACCUCAGCUGUUGCUAUUGUGCUACUCCCUGAAGGUUUUGUCAGAAGCAAACUCUCUAUUGAAGCCUCAGGAACCAUUGGACCAUCGUAAAGUGUUUGGCUUCCGAGUUCGAUCCCCGCCUCUCCCUUACUUGCUGUCUUGGCUGUUACAGUCCCGUGCACAUCCUAAGCUCGCUGCAGACCAAGGUGGUGACAGUGUUGACUCUGAUAUUGAAAUUGAUGAUGUGUCUGACACUGAGCAGGAAGAUGGGGAAGAUGACGAGUAUGACCAGCUGCCACCAUUUAAGCCUCUUCGAAAAACCCAACUUGCUAAACUCUCAAAAGAACAGAGAAAGGCAUAUAUGGAGGAGUAUGAUUACCGGGUAAAGCUCCUGCAGAAGAAGCAAUGGAGAGAGGAGUUGAAGAGGAUGAGGGAAAUGAAGAAAAACGGGAAGAAGGUGGGUGAAAGUGAGUAUGGUUAUCCGGGAGAAGAAGAGGAUCCGGAAAACGGUGCUCCAGCUGCAGUGCCAGUUCCGUUGCCCGAUAUGGUCUUGCCACCUUCAUUUGAUAGUGAUAACUCAGCUUACCGAUAUCGUUUCCUGGAACCCACUUCACAGCUCCUAACCAGGCCAGUGUUGGACACCCAUGGUUGGGACCAUGACUGUGGAUAUGAUGGUGUGAAUGCAGAACACAGUCUUGCUUUGCUAACCCGGUUCCCUGCCACAGCUACUGUGCAAGUCACCAAGGACAAGAAAGAGUUCAACAUCCAUCUGGAUUCCUCGGUGUCUGCCAAGCACGGCGAGAAUGGAUCCACCAUGGCCGGGUUUGAUAUCCAGAAUGUCGGUAAGCAGCUUGCAUAUGUGGUGAGAGGAGAAACCAAAUUCAAGAACUUGAGGAAGAACAAGACGACUGUCGGAGGGUCAGUGACAUUCUUGGGGGAGAACGUUGCCAUGGGUGUCAAGCUCGAGGACCAGAUAUCACUCGGGAAAAGGUUCGUGCUUGUGGGAAGUACAGGGACCAUGCGAUCACAGGGAGACUCGGCAUAUGGUGCGAACCUCGAGGUCAGGCUUAAGGACGCUGAUUUCCCAAUAGGCCAGGACCAAUCCUCCUUAGGGCUGUCACUGGUGAAGUGGAGAGGUGAUUUAGCCCUUGGAGCCAAUCUUCAGUCUCAAGUGUCAAUUGGAAGGAACUCAAAGAUAGCGCUACGUGCAGGGCUGAACAACAAGAUGAGUGGACAGAUCACAGUCCGAACCAGCAGCUCGGAUCAGUUGCAGAUUGCUCUCACUGCCAUUCUUCCCAUUGCAAUGUCCAUCUACAAGAGCCUUCGACCAGAAGGGGCCAACGACAAGUACAGCAUAGGAGAACAACGAUUUCAGAUUUCUGAGGCGAUGAAGCUCUGCAAUCUUCCAAGUGAGAUAGAAGAGGACAUACUCUCUAGGGUUCCGAUCAAGUCGCUGAGACAGUUACGCGCCACUAGCAAAGGAUGGUACCAUCACCGGUUGUUCAAAGAUCCGAGAUUCAUCAAGAGGUACAAUGAUAGAAGACCAAGGAAGUACCAUAAGGAAAUCGUGCUGAAUGAGUUUAGGAUUCAGUCUUUGAGCUCCUACGUCGAUCAUCGCCGCAUAGACCCUUCUAAGUUUCUUCUCAUCGAUCCCGUCAGUAAUGAAAAGGUCGAAAUAGCUCACGCUUUUCACUGCGAUGGCAUUCUGUUAUGCACCAACACCAAGGACAACCGGUUUGUGGCUUGGAAGCCUUUUAAGGGGCAAACCAGAUGGAUCCAGCCGAGGGAGAAUGGCAUGAUGAGCAGCUACAGAAGCUACGCUCUUGGUUACGAUAGCAAGGAGUUGUGCCGUAGCUACAAGAUAUUGAGGUCUCUUGAGGAUCAAACGGUGGAGAUUUACGAGUUUAAGUCCGACUCAUGGAGAAUUCUCGAUGGCGUCUCUCCCGGUGGAAGCUUUGAGUCUCUCGGCGUGUCUUUGAAAGGGAAAGCUUACUGGAUCUCGAGAAAGGGAGGAGCCAAAGAGUACUCGCUGCUGGAGUUCGACUUCUCAACAGAGAAGUUUCAGAAUCACUACCUUCCCUUCGACGAAGCAGACUCUUUGGGUCCUUAUGUGCUCAAAGAAGGUCUGAACAAUUUGGCUCUCUCGGUUGUGAAGGAAGACCGUCUCUGUUUGUUCUAUGAGAGUAAAACGAAAUCAAAGACGGAGAUUUGGAUGAGUAGUGAGAUUGGUGAGACCGCGUCUGUGUCUUGGUUCAAGUACAUAGCAGAGGAUGCGGCACCAUUUUUCACGAGGCACGUGAGUUUCUACGUCGACGAUGAGUUCAAAAUCGCGUACUGCUUCUAUAAUCACGAACGAAAUGUCCAUAAUUUCGGGAGAUGUGCCAAGCUGAGAAUUUUGGGAGAUGUUCCACCGAAAAACACAGGUCCUUGCAAACACAAGAUAUUCAAGUAUUUAGGUUGGCACCUUGGCACAGCAUGUGGUCCUCUUGUGUUUAGUUACAUUCCAUGGUCGGUGUAA